GUUAAGUUACUGAAAACCGGAAAUGGGCAGAGGACACAUCCGUAUUACCGUAUUAUAUCCAUGAUCCUUCAGACGCUUUCGCUUAGAGGGUAUAUAUCAGCACACAAUAAGCUUUUGGUUGACAGAGACAAAGGAAAAAUUCGUCUGUUUACAAAAGUGCAGCAUGACUUUUCAGGUAGGCGGCUACAGUAUAAUAGCUCAUCGGUAAACUGUGAUGAUAUUGGUCUGCGUUACCUUGAUACAGAUGUUACCUUGGGGAUCCCGUGGACGCUUUAUGAAGAUGACAGCUCCCGGUUCUGGGUUCACUAUGGGCUGGUCAUUCUAGGAUUUGUGUUGGCUAUCAUUACAGCGGUGGCCCAGUGGAGUAACCCAGCACCUUAUGGCAAACAUGAAAACAGUGAUUUGAACUGGGGUCCAAUGAUUCCGCAGCGCUUAGGACACAUUCUGUCAGAUGCUACUCCUGGUGUUUUCCUUUUCCUUUUAGUAUUCUUUCUGUAUGGAGAUACAAGGCGCUACACCAACUAUGUGUUUUUAUCUAUGUUCCUUUGUCACUAUGUACAACGUGGUAUCAUACACCCUCUAAUAAUGAAUUACAGGAACACCAAGGUGCCUAUUGGAAUAACACUUGGAGGAUUUUUCCCCAAUUGUAUCUUCCAUUUCAUCAAUGCUGAUUUUGUUGGGUCAGCUGUUUUUGACAUGAACUACUUUUAUGAUCCCAGAUUCAUCAUUGGGGUACUGCUUUUCUUAUCUGGCUUCAUCAUCAAUCGCUGGGCUGAUUGGAAACUCAAGUCACUCCGCAAUACUAAAGGUGAAGAUCAAAAUCUUAAAGACGGGUGUACAGGAUAUUAUAUUCCAUUCGGUGGCCUGUUUGAGCUGAUCAGCUGUCCUAAUUACUUUGGAGAACUUGUGGAAUGGCUAGGAUGGACGAUAGCUACAUGGUCACUCUCUGGACUUGUGUGGUGCUUGUUCUCUGCUGCAACCUUUUUCCCUCGCUCACAGCAUAACCACAAAUGGUACAAACAGCAGUUUGAGUUAUAUCCAAGGAACAGAAAGGCCCUAAUUCCAUACAUUUUCUGAGGAGAUAUUCCAUACAUUUUCUGAGGAGAAAAUCCAUACAAUUCCCGAGGAGAUAUUUCAUACAUUUCCUGAGAAGAGAUUCAAUACAUUUCCUGCGAAGAGAUCCCAUACAUGUCCUAGGGAGAGAUUCCAUGCAUUUCCUGAGGAGCGGUUCCAUACAUUUCCUGGGGAGAUAUUCCAUACAUUUCCUGAGGAGAUAUUCCAUACAUUUCCUGAGGAGAUAUUCCAUACAUUUCCUGAGGAGAUAUUCCAAACAUUCUCUGAAGAGAUAUUCUGUGCAUUUUCUGGUGACAGCAAAUCCAUGAAUACUCUGAAUUGCUAAGAAUCUUAUGUCAUUUCAGUGACAAAACUAAACGUAUUUGUGGUUGAGUGAGUAAAGGGAAGAUUAGGUAGGGGGAAAGUUCUGAUUCAGAAAUAAUGCUUAAUUUAAUUAAUAACCUGGUAUUGGAUUUCUACCCCUACUUACAAGUUAUAGGGACCUUCAUCAUUAUUUAUACACCCACAUAAGUUAGUGACUUUAGUUCAUUAUAUAUACACCUAUAUAACUUAGUGACUUUAGUUUAUCAUUAUAAUUAUAUACACCUUUAUAAAUAAGAGACUUUAGUCAUCAUGAUAUAUACACCUUUAUAAGUUAGAGACUUUAGUCAUCAUGAUAUAUACAACCGUAUAAGUUAAUGACUUUAGUCAUCAUGAUAUAUACACCUACAUAAGUUAGUGACUUAAGUUCAUCAGUAUAUAUACACCUACAUAAGUUAGUGACUUAAGUUCAUCAGUAUAUAUACACCUACAUAAGUUAGUGACUUUAAUUCAUCAUUAUAUAUACACCUACAUAAAUUAGUGACUUUAGUCAUCAUUAUAUAUACACCUUUAUAAGUUAAUGACUUUAGUCAUCAUUAAAUAUACACCUUUAUAAGUUAGUGACUUAAGUUCAUCAGUAUAUAUACACCUACAUAAGUUAGUGACUUUAGUCAUCAUUAUAUAUACACCUUUAUAAGUUAGUGACUUAAGUUCAUCAGUAUAUAUACACCUACAUAAGUUAGUGACUUAAGUUCAUCAGUAUAUAUACACCUAUAUAAGUUAGGAACUUAAGUUCAUCAGUAUAUAUUUACCAUUGUAUGGCACUGCCACUAUAUAACCCUACCAAUUCAGUUGCGAGUUCACCAGCUUAUGAACUGCCAACUGAAAUUUGAAAAUUAAAAAAAAAAAUCGCACGACAAAU